CUUAAGUACACAAUUAUGGAUUAUUUUAGAUCUACAUAAACUGAUAUAUAUUUAAUAUUUGUCUUGUAAAUUCGGGACUGUCCCAAUGGAGACUUCAUCGUUUACGACGAACUUCACGAAACUCCGAUAUCCAUUUUCAGACUUGUCACAUCAAGAGUUCGAAUUGAAGAGAUUCCAGAAAAGGAAAGAUGCAUUCUUUGUGAAACGGAUGAAAAAGGAAAUUAGGACAAACAUAUUGAAAUAGUGGGAGUACACCUGACCUAUAUAUACACAGUAAAAUUUCGGGGAAGGGUGUUGAUCGACUAUCCUUCAGCCGCUGUAGCUCCACCGUGGCUGCAGUCAAACUACUACAACCCUCUUCUUUUAUCUGAGGUUUGGACUGGUGAUAACUUGUGAAGAGACAUUGCUGAGCAAAAGAGAAAACUUUCCUGCGUGGAUUAAGUGUUAUCCAUCUCCUUCAUCCACGAAGAAUGCCAAUGGAACUUUACUCAGUCAAGCUGGGUUUCGUACUCGGAAGUGGAGUCCUUUUCAGGUGCAUGGAUGACAUAUAUGAUUCUUUGGCCGAACACCUUGUUCCAACUGCAGCAGCAUCAAGCCCUAAUUUCAAGCAUAUUGUUGGGCUUGCUGGCCCUCCUGGUGCUGGAAAGAGCACUAUUGCAUCUGAAAUAGCUAAGAGAGUCAAUAAGUUAUGGUGCCAAAAGUCUCGUUCCUUUGAUUCUCAAGUUGAGCCUCCGGAAGUUGCUAUUGUACUCCCAAUGGAUGGAUUCCACCUUUAUCGUCAUCAGCUUGAUGCAAUGGAGGAUCCAGAGGAAGCACAUGCAAGGAGGGGCGCCCCAUGGACGUUUGACCCCAAUUUACUUCUAGAAUGCCUUAAGACUCUUAAAGAUCAGGGAUCAGUUUACUGUCCAUCUUUUGACCAUGGUGUGGGAGAUCCUGUAGAAGAUGAUAUCUUUGUGAACCUUCAGCACAAAAUAGUGAUAGUUGAAGGUAAUUAUCUGCUUCUUGGAGAUGGUGCUUGGAAGGAGCUAUCCUCCAUGUUCGAUGAGAAGUGGUUUAUCGAUGUUGAUAUUGAGAAAGCAAUGCAACGUGUCUUGAAGAGACAUAUAUCUACAGGGAAGCUCCCCGAUGCCGCAAAAUGGAGGAUAGAUUACAAUGACAGGCCCAAUGCUGAGCUAAUUAUGAAGUCCAAGAAAAAUGCAGAUUUGGUGAUCAAGUCAAUUGACGAAUUGAGGUGAACCUGCGACUAGUCACCUGCAGUAAGAAUGAAUUCAGCAGUGCACUAUUUCAUCCAAAUGAAAAAUUGGAUGGUUGCAUAAAAAAGUAAGCAAAAUAGAAUUUUAUAGGUUUGCUUGAAUCUGAAGGAGUGCAGGACCUUUCUUGCGUUUAUGCUUUGAGAUAAUGUCAGUAAUGAACAAGUUUGAGGUACUGCAAAUAAUGGUGUUUACAGUACACCUUUUUUCCCACAAAUAAGAUGUAAACCUUUUUACAUGGUAAAACAGAAAAGAUAAUAUUACUUUGUAUGAGUUCA